AUGAAGUACGGUCUCGAAUUACAACAGAAUAUAUUUGCACCAUGGCGAUUAUCGUAUGUAGCCUACGACAUCCUCAAACAAGAGCUGAAAUCCCGUCAACUGGAUCACGGGUGGACAGAAAGAGAUGAAGCCGAUUUCAUCCCGCUCUUGGAUAAUGAACUCACCAAAGUGUAUGAUUUCAUCAAUGCUAAACUGGCUGAAAUUGAUGCUCGUAUCCUCUAUUGCGAACGUACGAUCCAAACCCUCCAAAAGAAUCCCAAUAUGGCUUCGGAAUCCAACUACGCCAUCAUGGACGAAGCGCUUACAGAAAUCUUAUUCGAUGUCAAUGAUUUGUCUCGAUUCACCCGUGUCAACUUUACAGCCAUCCAAAAAAUCCUUAAAAAGCACGACAAAUGGACAGGUCUGAAUUUAAAGCAAGAUUACGUAAAACGAUUAAGGGAGAAACCGUUGGAUAAGCAACGGUUUGAUAUCGCCAUUGUGUAUAUUUCCGCCCUCCAUGACAUCUGUCGCAACCGGGGUCGACAGUCGCCUGGUAACCCUGCCUCUGGAGGCGAUCAAAAUGCCUUUGAACGGGCUACAGCCAAAUAUUGGAUUCAUCCCGACAACAUUACCGAAGUGAAGGCCAUCAUCAUGCUGCAUUUACCAGUAUUAAUUUUCAACAAGGCCAAAAAAUGGGAACCGUCCGAUUCCGCUAUUUCCAGCGUUUACUUUGAUAACCGGAACUUUGAUUUGUACACUGGCCGUCUGCAACGAGAUGAAGGUGCAGAAGCCAUUCGGUUCCGAUGGUACGGUCCCAUGGAUACGCCGAGCGCCUUCAUCGAAAGAAAGACGCAUCACGCACCUUGGUUGAAUGGGGCAUCGGUCAAGGAUCGAUUCAAACUGGAGGCAUCACAGAUCAAUAAUUUUAUGGCGGGAACCUAUACGGCCGAUCAUCUGGUGAACGAUUUACGGAAAACGGGUGCGGACGAAACAUUUAUCAAUGACAGCCGGUUCAUCGCUCACGGUGUGCAAACGUCGUUCCGCGAGAAGCAGCUGGAGCCAAUGUUACGCGUAUUUUACAACCGUACGGCUUUCCAGUUACCGGACGACCAGAAACUGCGAAUCUCCUUGGAUACCAACCUUACUUUUAUUCGUGAAGAUCAUUUGGACGAGACUUUCCGUCGUCAUCCUUCGCACAACUGGCGACGUAACGACGUCGGCAUCGAUUAUCCAUUCCAUUACAUCAAUGAAUCGGACGUUCUCCGUUUCCCUUAUGCUGUUCUCGAAACGAAGCUGCAAACACAUUUGGGCCAGGAACCACCGCAGUGGCUUACUUCGUUAAUCGAAUCUCAUCUAGUGCAUGAAGUACCCCGGUUUUCUAAAUACUUGCAUGGUGCAUGUCACUUUUACCGCGAACGAUUACCCCUUCUGCCCUGGUGGUUGGCAGAAAUGAAUGUGGACAUUCGAAAACCACGGGCGGAGAAUAUCGGUCUCACACGUUCACGUAGUUUCAAGCCACUCAUUGACGGCCGUUACCGUCGUGCAAUGAUUGAAGAAAAGGAACGCAAGAACCAGCAAGCAGUGGUCCAAGGCAGUCGUCGCAGUAGUUCAGCUGGCGACCGAUCUUCUGGUACAGCGUACUCCAAGGGUCAAGAGUUCACGGCCAUCGAUGUCAAGUCGUCGGCCACUAUCCAAGGCGAAGGGCCGCCUGUACCUGAAAAGCCAAAACACACGUCUUCGUUGCUUCCUCCCCGUCUGAGCUAUUUCUUCAGUGGCGAGCGAUUCUUUUCAAAUCAACGUCGUAGUUCGGGCGUCUCUCGAGGCGUGUUCUCGUCUCGACGCAAGAGCGGUUCAGAGACGGCCUUGGACGAAGAAGACGCUCCUCCUCGACGUUUCAAGACAAAGGUCCGCGUCGAGCCCAAGGUGUUCUUUGCCAACGAACGUACUUUUAUCAGUUGGUUACAAUUUUGUGCAUUGCUCCUGACGGUAGCUCUGAGCUUGCUCAAUUUUGGUGAUGAUAUUUCACGUGCUGUGGGUGGUGUGUUUAUCGGAUUAGCUGCCGCUAUUGCCAUUUACGCGCUGUAUCGAUUUGAGAAGCGAGCUUGGAUGAUCAACCAUCGUAUCGACGGCCGAUACGACGAUCUCUGGGGACCCGCCGUUCUGUGUGUAUUGUUGGUGAUGGCUCUCGUGGUCAACUUUUAUCUGCGUUUCAGAUAG